CAAGACUUUCAAACCGGUAAACGUUUCAACUCGCAGACUUCUUUUUAAGGUCUUUACCUGUUAAUGGCAGCUCUUUAAUUCUUCUUCUCACCUUCAGUCAAAUUAUCAGAACGUUUCUCUUCAUCAUCAAAACCCCAAAAAAUUCUCCAAAUUCCCAUUUCCAGAGUCUCUAAUGGAACCAACACUUCAAGCUAUGCUAGCUGCAGGAGCUAGUUUUCUUGCAGUGAUGUUUAUUUCAGCAGGUAUAUUUCUUCUUUGUAAAACAACCACGACAGUACCUCCUCAUCCAGAUCAACAACCGCGGAACCGGAACCGCAAUGGUACUCAUGCUGAUCGGGAUCAAAAUUGUGUCCCAAUUACGAUUGAUGAAAGUGCCACAUAUGAUCCUACACUAGAUAGGAUUUCAAUGCCUGAAUUGAUUAAAGCAACAAGGAAUUUCUCACCGAAUAAAAUCGUAGGCGAUGGGAGUUUCGGUCUUGUGUAUAAAGCAAGAUUAUCUAAUGGUACUAACGUUGCUGUUAAGAAACUAAGCAGUGAUGCUUUUCAAGGAUUCCGGGAAUUCCAGGCUGAAAUGGAAACACUAGGUAAGAAUAUCCGGCAUCGUAAUCUUGUUAGAAUUCUUGGGUAUUGUGUUUCUGGUGAUGAUAGGAUUUUGAUUUACGAGUUUAUUGAGAAAGGGAGUCUAGACCAAUGGUUGCAUGAUACCUCGUCUUCGUUUGAAGAAGAUGAAGAACAUAAGAUUGAUAUUCAUCCAUUGAGUUGGGAGAUUAGGGUGAAGAUUAUCAGAGGUGUAGCUGAUGGAUUGUGUUAUUUACAUACCUUAAAAACUCCAAUUAUACAUAGAGAUAUUAAAGCUAGUAAUGUGUUGUUAGAUAAUGAAUUUGAAGCUCAUAUUGCUGAUUUUGGAUUGGCACGCCGUGUUAAUCCCUCACAUUCCCAUGUAUCGACGCAAGUUGCCGGUACGUUUGGGUAUAUGCCGCCGGAGUAUAAAGAAGGUGCUACGGUUGCUACUGUCAAGGCAGAUGUUUAUAGUUUUGGUAUUUUGAUGAUUGAAGUAGCGACAGGGAAACGUCCGAAUCUGCCCACUAAAAUUGAGACUGGAAAGGAAAUUGGGUUAGUUCCAUGGGCGCAGAAAAUGCUCAAGGAGAAACGGGAUUUGGAGAUUGUUGAUGGAUCUAUUGGGAAAGAAAGGUUAAAAGAAAGGGAAAUCGCAGAGUUUUUGAGAAUAGCUUGUUUAUGUACUAGUGAGCAUAGUAAAGAUAGGCCUGUAAUGGGAGAUGUUGUUAAGAUGUUGAAUUUCUUUAAUUACAUUGCAGAAACUUGAAUUUCUUUAAUUAGAUUCUUUUUCUACAAUGUAGUGUAACUUGAUGUGUAUGUAAAUCGCAAAAAUUCAGUGUUUUAUUUUGUAA